GUGAAACUGGCUAGCCAACGUAAGAUGGAGCAAACAUGCAAGAAUAUUUAAUAUAAGCAUAGUUUUCGCUUCCACUUAAAUUACACGCGCUUCCGUCAGCUGUCGGCGACGGGGGUGUCGAUGUCCGAAUGUCCUAAAGCGGUCUCGCACAGGGUCUGUGUGCACCAUGGACGGGAUGCAGCGGGGUUCCGGCAUGAAGGAGCAACUCGUCAGUGCCAUACAGCUGCAGGAAAUUGAGCUGGACCACCAGCCCAGAAAUGAAACAGCCGAGGAGGUCAAAGAGCGCAAAACCUACAGUGUGGAAGAAGCCGUCGAGACGAUCGGUUUUGGCCGAUUUCACAUUCUCCUAUUUGUGAUCAUGGGCAGCGCCAAUAUCGUGGAGGCCAUGGAGAUCAUGCUGCUGGCCGUGGUAUCGCCUGAAAUCCGCUGUGAGUGGCGUCUGCAGGACUGGCAGGUGGCACUGGUCUCCACGAUGGUGUUUCUUGGCUUUAUGGUCUGCGGGGUGCUGAGUGGUUAUGUUGCUGACAGAUACGGUCGCUGGAAGGUGGUGUUUGGGGGGUUCGUGUGGGGUGCGUACUUCUCCCUGCUGACCUCCUUCGCACCGUCCUACGGUUGGUUCAUCUUCCUACGCAGCAUGGUUGGCUGUGGUGUGGCCGGAACCUCGCAGGGGUUUGUUCUAAAAACAGAAUUCAUCCCUGCCAAGUACAGGGCCUCUUUACUGCCCCUGGCCUCGAUCUUCUGGAUGGUGGGCUCCAUGCUCAUCAUCAUUCUGGGCAUGACCGUGGUGCCCACCCUGGGCUGGCGUUGGAUGAUCCGCCUGUCCGUCAUCCCCAGCAUCAUCCUGAUCCUGCUCUUCCAGUUCAUCCCGGAGUCGGCACGCUUCAACGUGUCGGCGGGAAAUGUGAAGGGCGCCGUGGAAACGCUCCAGCAAAUCGCCAAGAUGAACAGGGCCUCGCUGCCGGAGGGGGAGCUGGUGGAGCCAGUCGUGAAUGAGAGGGGAAGUUGUUACAUUCUUGUGAGUUCCACAUUCAGGAGGACAUCACUCAUCAUGUGGUAUUCAUGGUUUGUGGCGUCCUUCUCCUACUACGGCUCAGUGCUGAGCAGCUCGGAGCUCCUGGAGAAGAACCUGUUGUGCAUAACCGACCCGGACCCCGAGCACCAUGUCAAGCAUGACCAGGGGGAGGCGCUGUGCUACUGCAUUCCUUUUGGCAUGGCUGACUACCAAACGCUGCUGAUCAGCUGUCUGGGAGAAAUAGCGCUCAUUCCACUGAACAUUGGCUUGUUGAACAUCGUUGGGCGUAAAACCAGCAUGGUCAUCUUACUGAUAUGCUCUGGAAUAUUCUUCAUGCUGCUCCUCGUCUGCACUACGAUGUUUGGGUUCACAGUGCUGCUCUUCCUGCUCAGAUCUCUGGUCUCCAUGAAUUUCAAUGUUGUUUACAUAUACACCGCGGAGGUGUACCCCACUGCCGUGCGCUCCAUAGGGAUGGGAUUCUGCACCUCCUUCAGCAGAAUUGGGGGGAUGAUCGCACCCUUCAUAGCACAGGUAUUAAUGUCCAGAUCGGUCGUGCUGGCCCUGCUGCCUUUUGCCCUCUCCUGCUUCCUGUGUGCAGUGGGAGCGCUCCUGUUGCCCAUAGAGACCCGAGGGCGGGCCCUGCUGCAAAAUUCAUGAUUUGAAGAUGUCAACAAUGAAGAAAGAUGGAUGAAGUCUGUAAUUUUCCAGCUGUGUAUGUAUGUAUAUAUACAAGUAUGAUUAAAGCUCUCUGAUUUUAUCAAAGAAGGUCAACGUGUCUGAAAUUA